CAGGUUGGGUGUCUAAGAAGAGCAGAGAAGAGAGAAUUUUGUGACAUUUUGGUCACUCAAAGACUUUUGGUGGAAGAACACGAAGCACAUCAUGGACUCGUGGCUACGAAUUCUGCUCUGUCUCGUGGCAGUGUCCUACUGCUGGGCAGGGUGCGUGGAGGUGGAUUCAGAGACGGAAGCUGUGCUGGGGAACUCCUUUAAGAUCCGCUGCAUCUCGUGUAAGAAACGAGGAGAAACCACAGCAACGACGUUCGUGGAAUGGUUCUUCAAACAGCUUGAAAAAGAGGAAUUCGACCGGAUCUACAUAUACCGGUAUCCAGAGUUUGAGACUGUGGAUGAACGUUUUACAGGUCGGCUGAAGUGGAGUGGGAGCAAUAACACAGACGACAUUCAGGAUAUGUCUAUCACGAUCACAAACGUCACCUACGAUCAUCACGGAGAAUAUAUGUGCCGGGUCAACCGUACCCUCCUCUUCGAGACCCAUGAUUACAACACUAACGUUACUAAAUUUAUCCACGUAACUGUAGUGGACAAAGAAAACAGAGAUGUCGCCUCUAUUGUGUCGGAGAUCAUGAUGUAUGUCCUCAUCGUCGUCCUGACAAUAUGGCUGGUGGUAGAAAUGAUUUAUUGUUACCGGAAGAUCGCCGCGGCUGGCGAAGAAGUGGUGCCCGAAAAUGCCUCAGACUACUUAGCAAUAACAUCAGAAACUAAAGACAAUUGCCUGGGAGUACAACCGCAAGAAUAGUAUUGGGGGACCGAGUGACUCAGGGCAACUGGGUGGACGAGCGAGUUAGUAGAGAACCUCGCCAUGUCGGCCCUGCUGGGUAGACCGAAAACUGUAUCGGGGCAAAAACUACACAGACGAGCUGAUUUCAAACCCUUUUACCUCCCAGGAGUGCCGCAGACCCGACUUUUGUGUUGCCUGUCGACCUCGUAGUACGACGAAGGGACUUUCUUCGCAGUAGUAAUCAUUUAGUCUUCCUUAACCCCUUUAUUACCUUCAUCCGGCCAUGGAGGGGGCUUAGGGAUACUGCAAUCUCCAAUGGCUUCCAUGAAGAACUUGAAUGCUAUCCUCACAAUUACUUUUUAUUUUUUUUUAAUGUGUCUUUUUUUUUUCUACAUUUCUCACACUGGAAAAGGAGACGGACUUGAGAUUCAAACUCCAAAAAAAAAACUCCAAAAAAAACAACAAAAAUCUUAAUCCUAAAAGUUUUUUGCUUUUUUUUUUAAUACCAACAUGGUGUAGAGAUAGGAGUUCGGGGAGCGGAUCUGACUUCUAAAAUCGUAAAUUAAUAUACCAUAGUAAGCUGCUCCAGUAUUGGGUUAACAUUAAAAAAAAUCCCAAAAAUUCUCUAUUUUUUUAAUAAUAAUUUUAAAAAAAAAAUCCAUACCUUUUUUUUUUUCUAUAAAAUUUAUAACAGAUAUCUUAUUAACCUCCAUCAGUUACUGGCUUUGGCUUUUGUUAUGCGAAAUUUAAAAAAAAAAUGACUUCCACAACUAAUCAGGAGACAGAGGCCUAGUGCAUGUUGGGAAAUAUUAAAUAAUAAGGGCCUAAACUCCAAAAUGACAAUGUAUUUUUUUUUUAAUAUUAACAGGUCCGCUCUAAAAUAUGAUGCAUUUGUUUAAUGAGCUUGAAUCGUGGCAGGGAGAGGCUCGUAGGACUUCAUCGGAGACCCAACUCCUGCAUUGCAUUUAGUCUGCGAAACUUGUGGGGGGGCAAGGGGGUUUAAGGACUUUUUAACAAAGCAUGUUAUUUAUUUUGUAAUACAGAAUAAAACAGAGAUAAAUCAGA